AACGCAGAGAGGGAGAAGCACAUCCUCCCCUGUUCUGUUCGCCCCCCCCACAGUGUGAGCAGGGACCGGCUCGUUGGUGUCACCGGGACAGGCGCCCCGCAGAGAGGACGCGGCUCCAUUACAACAAAGAGGAAUACAUUAAUACAUUUUUUUGGGCCACACGCGCGGUGGGAAACGGGAUUAUUCGCGGCGUUUUCUGCAGCUUUCGGACGCCGCUUCCGGCUUCCCCGCCUCGCUGCUCCCGCGGUGCUCGGAGCGAGAAUCGCCACCUUUUUGUUUAUCGACCCUCCAACUUCUGCCUCGUCUUUCACCGGAACGGCGGAGGGUUUUUAUUUCAUUUUGUUUUAUUGUUUCAGUUCUUCUCGCGUCGGCACAAGCGGAAUGAAUGACAAAAACAAAGGAGGUUGAUGUCCACAGCGCCCCGACUCAGGUCGUCUUCGCCUCGCCCAAGGAACGGAGACUCCAUCUCCUCCGGCAGAAGAUGGACAGCGGAGCCGGGACGGAGGAGGGCUCGGGCGGCGGGCAGCCGCGGCACGCGGAGCCCUCCGCGACGGUGAGCGGCCGUCCCCCGGGCGAGAAGAAGAAGAAGAAGAUCAACCGGGCGCCGUCCCCGGCCAGACCGAAGGAGGCGCCCGGUUGGUCGCUCACCAAGAUCCGCGGGGGGAUCGGGACCCCGACGCUGAGCGUCAAACCGGGAGCCAUCCACCUGGGCAGCCGCGUGUCCCGGCGCAGCCCCGUGGGGCUCCCCGGGAAGGACGGCAAGGCGGAGAAGAGCGGCGGCGGGAAGCUGGCGGGCAAAGCCUCCCCGACGCCGUCUAAGACGGCCAAGGCGGCCAAGGGCACCGGCGGCCGGAGGAAGGCGUCGGACGCCAGCACCGGGUCCGACGACGCGUCCAAGGACUCCGGCUGCGCCACCGGGAAGCUGUCCCCCACCGACAGCAGCUCCGAGCUGUCGGACUGCGCCUCUGAGGAAAACAAGCUGUCCGCCGACGCGGCGAGCAGCGACGCCGAGUCCAGGAGCAGCCGGGGCGGCGGGCCGGACGGGGAGAGGCCGCUCAGGGACGGCGCGCUGGCGGACAGAGCUCGCCGCCACGCCGCCGCCACGAGCGCCCGUUCCUCCGCCGCGGAGAGGGACUGCAGGGACCGCCUGUCCCUCGGCGCGGAGACCGCGGAGGGCGGCGUGUCCCCCGGCGAGGAGCGCUCGGCCACCUCGUUUGACAGCAGGGUCCCUGCCAGCACGUCGCUGGCUUUCUCCGACCUCACGGAGGAGUUCAUGGACGGCAUGCACGAGGAGUUUGUCCGGGAAAUAGAGGAGCUGAGAUCGGAGAACGAUUACCUGAAGGACGAGAUGGAGGAGCUGAGGUCUGAGAUGCUGGAGAUGCGGGACAUGUACAUGGAAGACGACGUCUACCAGCUGCAGGACCUACGGCAACAGCUUGAGCAGGCAAACAAGACCUGCCGCAUCCUGCAGUACCGGCUGAGGAAGGCCGAGCGCCGCUCGGUGCGCGUGGCCCAGACGGGGCAAGUGGACGGGGAGCUGAUACGAACGCUGGAGCAGGACGUCAAAGUGGCGAAGGACGUGUCCAUCCGUCUCCACAGCCAGCUGGACAGCGUGGAAAAGAAGAGGAGCCGCCUGGACCAGGAGAACGAGGAGCUGCGGGUCCGCCUGCAGGACCUGGAGGUGGCCAAACAGGUCCUGCAGCAGGAGAUCGACAAGAGCUCCCAGAGGAAAAGAGGAGCACGAGCCAACAACAAACCUGACAAGAAGCUCUGUCCACAGGAGGACAGCUCGGACCUUAAAUGUCAGCUCCACUUCGCCAAGGAGGAGACGGCCCUGAUGUGCAAGAAGCUGACCAAACUGGUGAAGGACGGCGACGCCAUGAAGGAGGAGCUGGCCAAGUUCAGGUCGCUGUACGGGGACGUCAACGCCUCGCUCACCGUGGAGGAGGUCGCUGACUCCCCUCACACGCGUGAGGCGGAGAUCAGAGUCCACCUGAAGCUGGUGGAAGAGGAGGCCAACCUGCUGAGUCGGCGCAUCGUUGAGCUGGAGGUGGAGAACAGGGGCCUGCGAGCAGAGAUGGACGACAUGAAGGGACCACAAGAUGGUCCGCAGGAGCUUACUGGUAUCGGUGGCAGUCUUGGCCUGGGAGGGGCCAUGGUACUCGGGGGAGGGGCUUCAUCUGAAAACGUCAUGGAGCUUCAGCGACACCUCCAGUUUGUGGAGGAGGAGGCGGAGCUGCUGAGAAGGUCUCUCAUCGAGAUCGAGGAACAGAACAAGCUCCUGAUGAAUGAGAUAAACCGCUAUAAAUCGGAUCUGCCGCCCCCGACGUCCGCACUGUCGUCCAACUCCCUGGCGGCGCUGACGGACGGGCUGCUCAGCGACAGCCGGGUGCACUGCAUUCAGGAAGGGGCGGUGCUCAUCAGCACAGACGCCCCGGCCCACGAGGAGGAGAUCAGACUGGCGAGGCUGCAGAUCGGAGAACUGGGCGGGAAGGUGAAGAAGCUGCAGUACGAGAACCGAGUGCUCCUGUCGAACCUGCAGCGAUGCGAUCUGGCCUCCUACCAUGCUCCUUCCUCCUCCUCCUCCUCCUCCUCACUGCGACUCGCUCUGGAGACAGACGCAGAGGCCGGAGACUCAGCAGAGUGCCUCCCAAGCCCGCCGCACCGCAAAGAGCCAGUCGGAGGAGAGACGGACGCCCUGGAGAUCAAGGAACGGAAGAAGAAGGUCGAGGACAACGCUGACGCAGCCACCUCGCUCGCUGGGUACCUGGGGCAGAAGGACCACGAUGCCUUGCUGGCCAUGAGGGACCAGGCUCGCUUGGUUUCCACGGCGAUUCAGCUCCUGACCUCCCCGGAGUCUAACUGCCUCUCCUCCUCCCCGUCCAUCUAUCACAAGGUCUGCAGCAACGAGGCAGCAGAGCCGUGUGACCCGGAGAAACCUCACACCCAGGUUUCAGAGCUGUCCGACCUGGCGGACCGGCCCUUGGUUGGUGCUCUGACCAGCAGGCUCCAGGCCCUGCACACCCAGCUGCAGGCCUUUGUGGAGCAGGUGGACAUCCUGGGCAAACCCCCGGCUGGUGGGAGGGACCCUCGGGUUGAAGGAGCGUCUCCUCUGGCCUCGCCCUGCGCCUCCCCCCCCUGCUCGGGGGAUGGGCAGGAUGGAGUGAACGCUGCCGUGGAGCAGCGGCCCGAUUCUAGGGACCAAUCAGGGCCGGAGGGGGUAGCUCGAUUCGAGGAGCGCAGCCAAUCAGACAGCGAGGAGAAGCGAAUGCAGGACGACGGCCAGCUGGAACGGGGAGAGAAGGAGGCGCGCGAUGCACCGCCCGUCGAUGGCGGCGACCUCCGGGCCGGGCUGUCUGAAGCGGAGGAGUCGGCCCUCGGAGCCCAGGUGGAGCUGGAGAGGGAGAAGCAGGCUCGGAGAGAAACCACUCUCAUGCUCACGCAGCACCAGGAGGAGCACCAGAAGGCUCUGCUCCGCCGCGACUUCCAGCUGGAGAGUUUGGGCCUCCAGGCCCGGCUCCAGCAGAGGCUGUGGAGCCAGGAGAGGACCCUGCUGGUCCAGGAGUCCCAGCACCUCAAACAGGCCCUGUUACUGCUCAGCCUCAGACUACGCUGCUUCCUCAAGCAGUGGAGGCUGGGCUGCAGGAAGGACACCCAGUGGAAGGACUUCUUGGAGAUGAACAGCCUGAAGGACCUGUAUCUGCUGCUGGAGGAGGAGAACCUAACAAGCCCCGCCCACCAGGCAGACAGGAGGGCUGCUACAGACGAACAACCACUCAGCCCAACCAUCAAGUCGAGCGCCGUGAGCAGCACCUUGGCGGACCUGAAGGUGACGCUGCAAGAUUUGAGCGGCGAGUUGCGACAGGAGAGACAAGGCUCCCAAGAACUCACACAGCAGUUCGCCAAGGCCAAGGCAUCAUGGGAAGUGGAGCGGACCGAACUAAAGAGCCUCAUUACGCAGCUUGAGACCAAAUCAGGAAAAGCGGCAGCGCUGUCCGUCUCUGACGCUCCGGACCCGCCGGACCUGAAGGUGGCGCUGAAGAGGGAGCGAGAGGAGCACCAGCACCUCUUGGCCGAUUCCUACGCAGCCGUGAUGGACCUGACGAAACAGCUUCAGAUCGGGGAGAGGAACUGGGGCAGAGAGAAGAUGGAGCUUCUGGAGAUGUUCAGCCAGGAAAGAGCUCAGUGGGAGCAGAGACUGGGAGAGGCCACUGCACAACAGGGGAAGUCAAAGUCAUUUGGCAGCGAGUCUUCUGCAGACACAGUCGUAGCGAAUGGAACAGGGUCGCCGAGAACCAAAUCAACAUCAGACCUGGAUGGCCCAGAAUUCCACCGUGCUCAGUUUUCUGUCCCAGAGCUGGGUGACCUCACCAGGAAGAACUGGACCUACCUGACCAAUGAGACCCCACAGGUUGGGUACACCUGUAAAACCUGGGACGGUCCCAGCGGAUCUUGCAGCAGCUCGGUGGGAUCAGAUCUGCAUCUGGAGACGGUCCAGAGGAGCCACACUGCUCCAGACCGCACCAGCAUCCGGAUGUACUACAGCCCCCCUGCGGUGAGACGCACGGAGCACCGAAGGAGGAGCCGGGAGGCCAGAGAGCCAGAGCGGGCCCAGGACGGGAGCUCCUCCCUGGGGUGGCUGAGCUCGCUGUCCAAGCAGCACAGGGAGCUGCUGGAGAGCAGAAGCGGCUGCGUUGCUGGUUCGAUCCCCAGCGUCGCCAGCAGCAGCGGCAGCGGCGGCUCUGUCGAUGGGAGGGCGCCCACGUCGGCAUUCCACGGCUUGGAGAUCGGGGAGAUUUCCGCCAACUUGAGUGACGACAUGAAGGAGAUGACCAACUGUGUCCGCCAGGCAAUACGCUCUUCCUCCCUGGAGAGGAAACCCUCCAAGGAGCCGGGGAGUCAGGCGGCGCUGGGCGUGUCCACCAGGUCCACGCAGACCAAUUGGCAAUAUGUCAGCAUCGGGCUUCAAACAGACAACCUCCCCAGCAGCAGAGGGAUGGGCCUACACUCCAAAGCCUGGUCUACUCGCCCCUCGUCAACAACCACGUCGUCGCUGGCGUCUGCUCGAAGCCGGCAGAUAUCCACAUCCCUGGAUAAAGUCCACAGCCGCAUCGACAGGCCAUGCUGCUCACCCAAGUAUGGGUCACCGAAACUGCAACGCAGAGUGUCCUCCGGAUCCACCUCCAGACUGGACGGCAGUCCCUCCUCCAGGGACCGGAGCCUGUGGAGCCUCCAGCAGAGACCCCUCAGCGGAGGAGGACGCUCGGCCUGGGCUCGCUCCACCACCACCAGGGACAGCCCGGUCCUGAACGGCCUCACCGACGGCCUCUCCAGCCUCUUCAGCGUGGUCGAACACGCUGGAAGCACGGAGUCGCUGUGGAGGGGGGACGGAGGAGCCAGCCAGGGGGCCAGUCCAGCUCGCCAGCCCGCCCCCGCAGGGAAGCCCACCAGUGCACCAGUCUGCGGCUCUGACCCCGGCUCUCAGCGCUGCGGAGGCCUGGUCCAGGAGUUCUUCAGGAGCGUGUGCAGCAGCCGCGGCCCAGGAGCAGUAACACUGUCCGAGGAGAGAGCGCUAAGAGACCCCGGUGGCGCCCUCGGGGGCCCGGGGGUCUCUGGGGGUUUUGCCGGCGUGGACGAGCCCAAGCCUGCAGAGUGUGUGGCGGUCGGGAUCGGGGGCUUCGGAGCGCUGGCUGUCAGCAACGACAGCGUGACCAAGAUCGUCAAUAAGAGGUUCAUGAGACAGACGACCGGGGAGGAGAUGGUCAGCAUCAUGGGAGGAGGGAAAGAGACGCCGAGCAGCGCCGCGGCAUCCGUGAGCGAGGAUGCACCCUGUGACUGUGCUGCCCAGUCGCCCUCCUGCCUCGCCCGACCAUCAAGAGCAGCGGCGCGCCAUUCCCUCGGCCAGUGCAAGCACCGCCCGCCAGAGUGUCCCGCGGCGGCCGAGGAAAAGGCAGACACGUGCAACGAGUGACGACACUUCAGAGACACGCACACAGGCGGCAACGCAGACGCUGUGCAUCACUGCCACGGAAACCGCACUUCCAAACACCUCUCACGUCAGCAAAUGUGCAGACACACUACCAUGCUGCCACACAGGUGCACUGCCAAACAUGACACACACACACACACACACACACUGAACCCACUGCCACAUGUACACAUUCAUAACACUUGUGUUGGACUGUACCAUUCGGAUGCCAACGACAAGGAGGGCAGAGAUCAGAGAUCUGCUACGGAUCCAACCAUCACUAAACGACCAGCGGGAAAUAAAGUUCACAUCAUUUGACACGCUGUGCUAAACAACAAACUGAAUUGAGUCAAACAACAAAGUAAAUCUGUGAUGUCAGGACCGGGACCCCCUCUGCCAGAAUAACAUACUACAUAUUAUCCUAUUUGGCUUGGAAAAUCCACCGUAACAACGUUGUCUUGCCACCACGCUGUUGGACCGCUGCCUAUGUUGGAUUUGCGGAUAAGCAAGGAGGAAAUGUGCGUUGAAAGCGCAUGUGUUACUUUGAGAGCCGCAGUAGAGAGCUGGAAAGAUGAAACUCUGAAACCAUCAGGUCAAGAUGAUUUCUCUCUGAACUUUGUGCAGGAAGAUGGAAUUUUGCCUUUUUGAUCUCCAACAAGGAUCUGACAACGCCACCUUUGGAUGACACUUCUGGUUCAGUCGCUGCCUGGUGGCCAACGGUCCUCCUCCUGUAACGGACAAUAUUGAGUUCUAUUGGACUACAGAUCCCAGCAUGACCAGACUUGGGCUCCCGCGAUGCUUGACCCGGUCACCUCUAUAAACGAGACCAUGGAGCAAACCGAAAGGACAAAAAGCUCCUCAGGCUCGCUUCAAGUAUCUGUCCAUGACGCCGACAGAAGGACUGUGGCCACAAUUAAGGAGACGUUUUGUGGCAUUGUGAUAACGAUGACUAAACCCUGUAUAUGUAAGAAAACCCACCUGUUGGGGGGGUUACUCCACAGUCUGAUUGGGAAAAUGAUAAGUUUUGAUUUCAACCUGUUACAGCAGGCAGAAAGUGCCUGUUCGUUUCCUAUUUUGAGAUAUUUCUUAACUGUUCAUCCUUAACCCUUCGAUGAUUGUUAACCUGAAAGCCACUUGGCGGUGGAUGGAGAUGCACUGAUGCGACUUUAAACUUAUUUUUUACCAGUUUUUCACUUUGCCAUCCUGCAGUUUAGUGUGAACCACAAAGUACACUGCUAGUUCAACACUAAAUACUCUUAAUUAGGGCAUUAUUAGGUCAUGUUUUAACAACGUUGGACAUAUUCACCCAAUGUCCGUCAGCCUUUUCGGUGCAUCUCUACCCUCCUGCACUUCAUAGCAGGUGGGUCCAAACUCAAAAUACUCGUUGUCCACAAACGCUCAGUGACUCUAAGCAGUCCGAGGAGAAUUCAGAUGCAUUCCUCUUAUUGGAGCCUCCCAGACGUGUUUGUGUGCGUGGUUUGUAUGUACAUUUAGUCGGUGUGGUGGACCAGGGCAUCGUUUUGAGGUCUAGUCGAGGGGAUUCUUUUUUUAUUUUUCAAAUACUUACCGCUCUUCUCCCGCGCACAACUGUCCUCGGCGUCGCUCCUCUACAAAAUCGACACGCAAUUAGGAAAAUGUAGCAGGUUAGAUUUUGGUAAACAACCAGCUAAGAGCUGUGAGUAUCCAUUUGAAUAUUUCAUUAAAGCACUGAGUUUUUACUUUUUAAGAAAUACAUCUAGACAGGUCCAACGAUAUGAAAGGUGUUAAAGUACACACAACGCUAAAGAGACGACAACAAAGAAAUGUUUUAGGGGAACUGACAUCAAUGGUCUUGUUGGUGAUUUAAAACCUAAAAAGUAAUCGUGAAACAAUCAUCUUUGAAAAGAUGUUUGAAUACUGUUUAUUUCUCCUGUCCCUUUGUCUGCCAUGUUGUACUUGUAACCAAUCAGUAGAUAUUCAAAGUGCCUGUCAGAUUCUUUUUAGUCAGCUCACGCCAAAACUGGAAUCCAUAUUUUAAAAAACACAAACAAACACAGCAGACCUUUUUUUAAAAAUGGGUGAGAUUGUUUUUAUGUGCAUAGUUGCGAUCAGGCUGUUCUAAGUAAAGCUACGAUAUUUAAUAAAGUACUGUACCACAGUGCACACAGGACAAGAGGGUUUACAGGUAUAGUGGGACAUAGUAUGCACACUAUACCAACUUUUUUAUACCAAGGGUUAUUGUAUUUCUGGAAAGUAAAUUAUUUUUGUUUUUUUUAUAUGGAUGUUUUCUCUGAUUUAUUAGCCUGUUUAUAUUAUCUUGAUUAGUUAUCAUGGUGCUACUUAGUUUGAAGUCUGCAGUGGGCUCAUCUAUUUGAAGUAUGUCUCCUCUGCUGUCUAUUCCUGCGUCGCAGUCAAGCGUUUCUCCAUUUCUGCACACAAAGUAGUGACUCAGCAGUUUAAACUAGGGCAUUACUCGUAACAGUGCAUCUAUUCAAAUAACACAGUGAGGAAAACCCGCAGUCUAAAUGCUCCUGUGUGUCUCCACUCCAGACCUCAAAGCUGGUAGAAAACCAAUGAUCAGAAAACUGGUCACCGCUUCAGUAGCUACUUGCCACGGGAGUAGAAAGUCUGAUGUUUCACCACAGUUUCAUAACAGGUUGUUUCAGCCAAGCAAUCCGAUUAAUUAGAUAGCAUAUGAAAUCCUAUAGCCGCGUCAAAAUGUGUUUUUAUAGCACAGCUACUGCUCACGUACACAUCCAUUCCUGUCUACAUUCUACAUUAUAUUGUACGUAAGUCACAUCGUUACAACGUCGCGUCUGCCGCUGUCACUUAGGAGAAAGAACUUGAUGAUGAUACAUCACGUUAGCAACAGGAAACGGAGGAAACCGCUCGCCAAGACUAAGCUCAGACUCACUUUGCAAAGCUUCAGAACUCGCUGUCCCUACCCGUAGAAAUAAAACAAUUUCAGGAAAAACUGCAGAGAUAUCAAACUGUAAACUUUCCACCCUAAAGUUUAGCCGUUAACAUCACAGCUGUUUUCUUAUUACGUUUAGCUCUUCCCCGGAUUCCACAAAAAACGAGUUUCAGUGAACACUCCUGCGGCGUAAUCUACUUACUUGCUGCCUCCCUAUAAUUAUGUUUCAAGCCAAUUAUUCAAAAUUAGGCUUUACGCACUGCUUCUGUUCAGCACUACUAUGUUUGCAUUUGUAACCCAGAGCCGCCGGUCUAUUUCUGCUGAUAUUGGAAAAAUGAAACAUGCCACGUUUUUUUUGAUGCUUGUUUCAUUUCACAGUAGAAGAAGCGACAAACACCGAACAACAUUAAUGUUUUAAGCUGAUUUCAACAAAGUAAUUAGUUUGCAGGGCUUUAAAAUGUGGGGUUUUCCUUUAAUAACAUCAGAUGUGACAUCUAGCUGAGAAUACAACUCGCAGCUCCUUCUACUUUUUGACAUGGAUUUAUUUUCGCUAGAAUGUAAGACUCAGAACUCUCCUGCUGAGGCGGCAUUGGUCAGUUGUGCCUCUGCAGCCUUUCCGCCUGCCUGUCAGUAGUUAUAUUUGCUCCUCCCCCUCAGGUUAUAAGUACCACACAUGAUGACUGACCGUUGUAUAGGUCGCACAUCAUCACCAGCCAAUGACUGCUGAGCUCUCGCGGAUUGCAUGGCACAAACCACAAGUUUCAUUAUUCCCCGUGUGUCCGUAAGAAGGUUUCCUAAAACGCAGCAUUUUUAACAUCUUUCCAUAGCAUCCAAAUGAUUGUUACAUCCGCGGCACAUGUAAAUGAAUUCUUUGCUGUUCAUAAUGUUAGCUAAACGAUUACCUAGAGACUGCCUGUAUAUCUGCUUAUGUAAUCUGCUCUUGUCUUUUUUUAUAACACCUGUUUUCUUGUUCAAACGUAGAAUGCAAUGCGUAGAAUGUUUCCCUCUUGUAUUGCAAAUUUUAAAAAAUCUUUGUAUCUCCCUCCUUUUUGUUUUUUUGAGAACAGCUGAAUGUCAACAGCUGAUCUGAACCAGGUCGCUGUGGAAGUAUGUAGCUCUCUCCCUUUAAAGACCACGCUCCAGCAUUUCUUCUGUACAUAGGUGCAUUUUGAAGAUGCCGAAGAACAGAAAAGGCAGCAAACGUUUAGUGAGAUGAGGAAAUUUGAUCCAAGUGGAUUUUUAAAAACGUUUUUUUUUUUCUGACCAAUGUAGCUUGUAAAACAAGACAUUAUAACUUCCUCCUGUUUGUCAUAGAAUUCACAAAUAAAUGUUUGUUGGAAUUUAA